AUGAGACGGAGCCGCAGCUGCCUGGUAGCGCUCACCGCUCCUGUGGCCUUGCUAUGGCACCUUUGGAUGCCUGAGGGCUCGCCGCUGGCCUUUUUCUUUGAGUCGAAGGAGGACCCAGUAGAGCGCACCAAGAGACUUCUCAAAGAGACGGACGCGGUCUUCUUCGAUGUGGAUAGUACUGUGGUGACCACCGAGGGUAUUGACCUCAUUGGAAAAUGCUUUGGAAUCAUGAAAGAGAUCUCUGAGCUCACACACAAAGCUAUGAAUGGAAAUGUCAAGUUUCAGGACGCCAUGGCAGAGCGAUUACAGCUGAUGGCGGACCAUGGCAUGACCAAAGAGAAGUUGGAAAAAUGUGUGAAGACUGAAGGUGUUCCCAAGUGGUCGCCUGGAAUCAAAGAGGUCGUGCAGAUGCUUCACAAGCAAGGGACUGAUGUUUAUCUAGUGUCCGGGGGAUUCCAGAAUAUGAUCAAGCCCAUUGCGUUGGAGUUGCACAUCCCACAGAAGAUGAUCUAUGCGAUGCUUGACAUGAUGGGACAGGUGAACGAGAUCCUUUUUGACGAGCAGGGCAACUACGCCGGCUUCGAUCGAAAAGCUCCGACGAGCGCGUCUGGAGGAAAGCCAAAGGUCCUGAGGCUGAUGAUGCUGGCCAGCAGGGUAUCCGAGGAUAUGUUCACGGCACAAAAAGGCCGAAGGAAAGGUUACAAGAAAAUGAUCAUGAUCGGGGAUGGCGCAACCGAUUUGGAUGCCCGCUUGGAGGGACCUGCCAAAGCAUUCAUUGGCUAUGGCGCCGCGGCCGAAUUCCAGCGUGUUCAGACCGAAGCGAGAGCGCCCGGUGGCCGGAUUCCCAGAUGUAAUUCAUGGAACAACCAAACAUUGUAUUUGAGUGGAUGA